AUGUUUUUACGUUCCGAUCUGAUCGAAUCUGAAGAAUCUAAUAUAUUUUUUAUCUACGAUGCGAUCGACUCUUUCAAUUUAAAGAAAAGAUAUUUGUUAACUUUACACACUGUUCGAGCUGAUAGAACCAAAUUUAGGAUUAAUAUAUAUAAGGAAGAUAUAGUAUUUUUCGAUAUAAAAAUAAAAUCUGAAGAACUGAUAUCAGAAUAUAAAGAAGAGUUUCUACCAGAUUAUUAUGAGUUGAUAGUAGCACGACCUUUCGAUUCAACAGAAGAAUAUCGGUUCCUUCAUUUAUUUUAUCUGUCUCUUAAGGAUC